AUGAGUGCUUCACCUGCCGAGCGCACACCUGGCAGGACUCCUGGCCGUACACCUAAUGGAGAUGGUCCCUACAUCAAGAGAAAGCCAAAAGCAGCGGACCCUCUUGUCAGACCCAAGAAGCGGCCAGCACCGAAGCCUCCAACAUCCAAUGGUGUGCCAACACAGCCAUCAAAUGGUAUACGACCGCCUUCCUUCAAUCAGCCUCACCAAAUACUUCAGGCACCGCGACCCAGCCAUGCGAAUCUCACUCCCCUACAGCUUAGUGAGGCGAAUCUGGCUAGUGGCUGGUCAUCAGAUGCAGUUGCGCAAUUCAAAGAUUAUCCAGUGGUCAUGUCAAAAAAGGCUUUGCUGGAAGGGUUCCGGCACCAUGUUGCGAAAUUCGCCAGCAAGAAGAAUGUGGACCCACGAGACUUGGAGGAAUUCGUUCGACCCGUGAGACUACACCGCAAGGAUCCUCGCGCAACAGUGACCAAGGAAGAUCUACCAGAGGGCGAAGACAGCAAAGAGGCGGAAGCGAAAGCGAUCGCAAAAGCUGAAAGAGACGCAAAGCGAGAAGCUGAAAGCGCUUUGGUGGCGCCUUCUAUGGGAGGAAAUAAACAGCGCGGAAUAAACUUCAAGAAGACGGAGCAAGUCUAUCGAACAGAUCAGACAGAGGAGCAAAAGGCUAGAUCAAAGCUGCGGUAUGAAGAAGCGCUGCCAUGGCAUCUCGAAGACUUCGACGGAAAGAGCACGUGGGUCGGAACUUACGAGGAGGCCUUGUCAAAUACAUACGCUAUGAUGAUUCAAGGUCCAGAUGGAGUAUUUCGUGUGGUCCCACUCGAAAAGUGGUACAAGUUCACACAAAAGAAUCAAUUCAAGACGCUGAGUAUUGAGGAGGCCGAGCUGCGCUUCAACAAGAAAGUGAAAGAGCCUCGAUGGUUCAUGGACUCGGAAGAAGCAAAGAAGAGGAGACAAGCUGAUUUAGAGAACAAGAAAGCUGGCAGUGGAUUAUUCCUGGGCAAAUGGGAGCGAGGCGGUGGUGGGAGUGGUGUCGCUGCUCCUGUCACUAAACAUGAAAACGCGGACGCGGACGAUCUAGACUUCACAGAAGAUCGAUUCGCUGAUGAUGAGGAGAAUAUGCUCUUCGAGGAGGAUGAUGAGACGAAAGAGGCAGAGGAGCGAAUCAAGAAAGAUCAAUUACAAGCCAACGUCUUCGGUUUGAAAGAGGAGAAGGAAUAUGACAAACAAGAGCAGCUUGAAAAGAAGGAAAAGGAAGAAGAAAAGAAGCAGGGCAAGAAGGUCAAGAAAGCGCUGAUGAAGCGCGAGAAGAACUACAUUUACGACUCAGAUAGCGGCUCCAACCCAUACUCCUCAAGCAGUGAUUCAGCUUCCGACUCUACGGAGACCGAGCGACGCAAAGCAGCCGAAGAAAAGGAGAAAGAGAAAGCCAAAGAUCCCGCCAAAUCCACACCAGAUAAAAGUCCCGACAAAGACAAACCCAAGCAAAAAUCCAAAGCGCCGUCUUCCUCCGGCAGCAGAACUCCCAACAACCGCCCUUCAAAAUCCACCCAUCCCAACCUCUCUCGCGCCGGCUCCAGCAACAAUCUCAAGCGUCCAGGCUCCCCUCUCGCCUCGGACGCAAGUGGCAACGAAUCCGCGCGCUCACGCAAAAAAGCGAAAAAGAACAAGCACCUCCAACCCACCGCCCCUCAAACCAACUCAAAACCUCCUUCCAGACCUUCCUCUCCUCCAAUCCCGCCGACCACAAGCAAUAAGCGCGCCCGCGCAGGCUCUGGCAGCGACAACGAACCAGACGCCGCUUCCGGGGGCGAAAAGUCCGACGGCGCUCGCAAGCGGCAGAAAGUACGGACGAACAAGGGCGCCGCGGGUGGGAGCAAGCCUGCUUCUCCACCUGCUAGUAGGGGCGAGAGCCCGGUGCCUGAUAGAAAGGGCGCUACAUCUCCCACAGCAUCCUCACCCCUUGCGCAACCCCCCGCAGAUAGACCUGCCAUCACCACCAAUGCUGCGACUGUAGCUACAACCACCACAGCAACAUCCCUCCCCUCGCCCGCAGAGAUUAGAUCCAAGAUCCCGAAAGAAGGCAUACCAAUGAAGGAUCUGCUCGCUGAAUACAAGGGCAUGAUGGCGCCGGGGCUGAAAGAGCGCUUCAUCAGCCUCAUGAAGGAGAAUGCGAAGUUUGAUAAGGAGAGGAAGCUUUUGUUGCCGCUCUGA